AUGGUGCUAGCUCAACUUUUCAGCGAAGCUGCCAAAGAAACACCUUGGCCAUCACUGCCUUGCAAACCCGUUUCACAAGAAACUCUAACCAGAUCCCUAACAUCCACUCCCAACUCCCAACCCACCAUCGAUCUAGCCUCAACCACACAUCCGUUGCCUCAGCCACGCUCCAAAACGAAACCCCUGAGCCCAUCCAAUCAGGUCAAUGCACAACCUCUGAUACCACUGCAAGACAGCUGGGAAGUUUGUCCUGUAACACCUGUGGAGACUUCUGAUGCCCAUUCAGGCAAUUAUCUGCAGGAACUCUUAGAUGUCUUCAGCUCGGAACCUCAAAGUGAACUGAGUAACAGUGUCAACAUCCAGGGAGAGCAGACGAACCAAACUAAAGAGAACCAAAGUGAGAACAUGACCUCCCUUCACAACGACCGCAACAUCCGGUCAAGAAUACAAGCCUUUGAAAGUCAAUCAAACGCAGAGAAUGAGGAAACCUCUAUGCCUUUCCCCCGUCCUCGUAAGGUUUUCGCCAAACCACCUGCACUGGCACCGAAACCUUCUAUUGCCCUCCGACCCUCUGUCAAAAAGCCCAAAGAAGAGCAGCUUUCACAAUUUGUCAGUCACUUAUACGAAGAGGUCAACACGCCACCGAUGCCAGCGCCAAGACCUCAACUUUUCAAAAAACCAUCGUUAGACUCAAGAGAUGACUCCAACUCUCAGCCUUCCUUCAGGGCGGCCCUCAUCCCUCCAUCGCGAUCUUCACUGAUCAGAGUUAAGAAUGUACUUUCCCAGGAUGAGGAAGUAGUAUUGAAAGAACCUCAUCUGCCUCUCAAGCCCAGCAAAGACCUGCUGAACCUCAACAAUCACAACUCCACUGCACUUCUGUCUAACAUUACAUUCGCAGAGAACAUGCUUAGCAAUAACUAUGUAGAUGCUCCCACUAAUCACUCUCCCUCUAAACCUGCCCGUCAAGUAGGAUUCAACUACAUGGGGCCAAACAUGCUGGGAGUGAUCAAGAGACCCACAAUCAUCAGGGUCCCCAGCAAAACUGACAAAUACCCUGAAGAGACGGCAGAAGUUCCCACUCCCACGCCUGCUCAACCCUCUCAUAAAGACUCCUUCAGUCUCUCAUCUGCUAUGUCUCUUCCACCACGGCCCAGUGGAGGAAAGGUUCUGCCUCCUCGACCAUCACCAGCUAAAACAGGCCCAGGGCGACCUCCUCCUCCACGGAACGAUGGCUCCCAACGUCGGCCCUCAGAUCCAGGAUUUUCACAAAUAGUGCCAUCAAAACAACAGCAACCUCAAUGGCAGCAACAAAACCCUAGAGCUUCGAAAAAAGGGCCUGCCCUCCCGCCGAGACCCAACCCUGGACAUCGUCUUUACAACAGAUACACCCUUGAGAUCCCCCACGGUAUUGCUGAGUUUGACUACAAUGGCACUAACACGGGGGAGCUCUCCUUUCAGAAAAAUGAAGUCCUCGUCUUACUUGAGGAAUUAGACAGCAAAACCUUCGAAUGCCAAGUGGGAAACGCUAAGGGGAGAGUGCAGAAAACACAUAUGAAGAUAAUCACACCCUUAACAAAUGUACUCUUCAAUUCAGCACCUCAGAAAAACAGCUCUUUUAGUGGCAUGGUGGAAAACACUGGAUCUCUGCGAAUGCAAGCCCUGUAUGACUUCACUCCAGGUAUAUGGUGGAACAAGCCUGGUACAUCUGCGCCAGCAUCCAGCAAUGAAUGGCAAACCAAACCAUCUCCUGAGCCUGUCAGAGGCCCAAGGUGUGUCGGGAGGUUUGACUUUGAGGGAGAGCAGAGCGAUGAGCUCUCAUUCUCUGAAGGUGAUGUGAUUCGGCUUAAAGAAUAUGUGGGAGACGAGUGGGCUCGUGGGGAAGUGAACGGCCAAGUUGGUAUUUUCCCUCUCAACUUUGUGGAAGUGCUUGAGGAUUUCCCUCCAGCCCCAGUGCAGAAAUCUGCUCCGAAUAAGAUUGCACUGCCUGGAAUGGCCGGUUCAUCUAACACACGAAUGUCUUACAAGACCAGUGAGGCUUAA